UCAGGUGUUGCCACCCUACUGGAAAUAUGGGGUCUGAAAAUCCAAGUCCGCAGAACCCUGGCUGUAAGAUCAUGACCUUUCGUCCCACCCUUGAGGAGUUUCGGGACUUUGGGAAAUAUGUUGCCUUCAUUGAAUCACAAGGAGCUCAUCGAGCAGGGCUUGCCAAGGUGAUCCCUCCCAAGGAAUGGAAACCCCGAAAAACCUAUGAUGAUAUAGAUGAUAUGGUUAUCCCAGCUCCUAUUCAGCAGGUGGUUACUGGACAGUCAGGGUUAUUCACCCAGUAUAACAUACAGAAGAAACCGAUGACUGUGGGAGAGUACCGGCGUCUGGCUAAUAGUGAGAAGUAUUGUACUCCUCGCCAUCAAGACUUUGAAGAUUUGGAGCGUAAGUACUGGAAGAAUCUCACGUUUGUCUCACCAAUUUAUGGAGCUGAUAUCAGCGGCUCGCUAUAUGAUUCAGAUGUGGAAGAAUGGAAUAUUGGCAAUCUGAACACCCUCUUAGACAUGGUGGAACAUGAGUGUGGUAUUAUCAUAGAAGGUGUAAACACUCCCUACCUCUACUUUGGGAUGUGGAAGACAACAUUUGCUUGGCAUACGGAGGACAUGGAUCUCUAUAGUAUCAACUACUUGCAUUUUGGCGAGCCAAAAUCCUGGUAUGCCAUACCUCCAGAACAUGGCAAGAGAUUGGAACGCCUGGCAAAAGGAUUUUUUCCAGGAAGCUCUCAGGGAUGCGAUGCUUUCCUCCGUCACAAGAUGACCCUUAUUUCACCCUAAAAAAAAAUUCCUUUCGACCGGAUCACCCAGGAAGCUGGAGAGUUUAUGAUUACAUUUCCUUAUGGUUACCAUGCUGGCUUCAAUCAUGGCUUCAACUGUGCUGAGUCUACCAACUUUGCCACUUUGCGGUGGAUUGACUAUGGAAAAAUGGCAACCCAAUGUACUUGCCGCAAAGACAUGGUGAAGAUUUCCAUGGAUGUCUUUGUGAGGGUUCUGCAACCAGAACGUUACGAUUUAUGGAAACAAGGAAAAGAUAUUGCUGUCCUGGACCACAUGAAACCCACAGCUCUGACUAGCCCGGAACUGGAUGCCUGGAAUGAGACGAAGGCUGAUUUGAAGGCUAAAUUGCUUCGCAGGAUAGGAGAUGAGGAAGAGGACAACAAACACCGGUCUCACAGAAAAAGAAGUCAACCCAGAAGACAUAAAACGGAGGAUCAGAAGUCUCUUGGGGAUGUCAUGGCUAUUGAAACUGCCUUGGAAGAUGUGAAAGUAAAAGAGGAACUGAAAAGAGGGCCAGAUCUAGAGGAAGAGGAGAGAAGCAAAGUGGCUGAGGGAGGAGAAGGUGACUGCAAAGUAAAGGCCCGUCCUCCAAAAGUGAAAGGUGAGAGGAAGAAGAAACAUAUUCUCCAUCAACACCAGCACCAUCUGCAAGCACCUCAACCUCUUCUGCAGCAGCAGCCACCGCUUCCAGUGCCACCAGCUGCAUCACAGCAACAACUGGCAGAAGAAGAGGCACCAGCAGCACGGCCACCGAUACCCACAGCAGCACCCUCGUCAUCCGCAGCAGAAAAGAGCUUGCCCCCAGCUCCCCUGAACGUUAUCCAGCCCUCAGAGGCACCAGUUGAGGAAGAAGAGUUUAAGCCUCGGCCCAUCAUUCCCAUGCUUUAUGUGGUUCCACGGACCAAAAAGGUGGUGUUUGACAAAGAACGCAUGUCCUGCCAGCAGGCGUUUGAGCAGUUUGCCACGCAGAAGAGUCCCGGAUGGCGGGAGCAGACAGUCCCUUUGGAAAUUCCUGUGAAGGAGGAGGAGAAUGCAGAAGCAGAAAAUCCAGAGGUUGCUACAGCGGUCAGUGAUUUGCAGACUGCUGCUGCUUUUUCAAAAAUGAAGAUGGAGAUAAAGAAAAGUCGCCGUCAUCCACUAGGCAAGCCACCAACCCGCUCCCCGUUGUCAGUGGUUAAACAGGAGACCUCAAGUGAUGAGGAAACGUUUCCAUUUUCUGGGGAGGAAGAUGUGAGUGACCCAGAGGCUUUGAAAUCUUUACUUUCCCUCCAGUGGAAGAAUAAAGUACAUAAUUUCCCGGCUGAGAGAAAAUUCAAUGCAGCUGCUGCCCUGAGUGAGCCAUACUGUGCUGUCUGUACCCUCUUUUACCCGUACAACCAGUCCUUACAGAUGGAUAAAGAGGCUGUCCAGGUCUCUGGAGGGGAGACCACCUCCUUCCUCCACCUUUCCAAGUGCGGACAAAAGACCAAGCCUCUGAUCCCAGAGAUGUGCUUUACCUCAAGCGGUGAAAACACAGAGCCCCUUCCUUCAAAUUCAUAUAUUGGGGAAGAUGGAACCAGCCUCCUGAUCUCCUGUGCCAAAUGCUGCCUGCAGGUUCAUGCUAGCUGUUACGGAAUACGUCCCGAUUUGGUGAAUGAAAGUUGGUCUUGUUCGCGAUGCUCAGCCGGUGCGUGGGCAGCGGAAUGUUGCCUGUGUAAUCUCAGGGGAGGAGCUCUUCAGAUGACCACUGAUGGGCGGUGGAUCCAUAUAAUCUGUGCUAUUGCUGUCCCUGAGGCCCGUUUUCUCAAUGUAAUAGAGCGUCAUCCUGUGGAUAUCAGUGCUAUUCCAGAGCAAAGAUGGAAACUGAAAUGUGUGUACUGUCGGAAGCGGAUGAAGAAGGUAUCUGGUGCCUGCAUCCAGUGCUCAUACGAGCACUGCUCCACCUCCUUCCACGUGACCUGCGCGCAUGCUGCUGGAGUACCCAUGGAACCAGAUGACUGGCCCUAUGUCGUGUCCAUCACUUGCUUCAAACAUAAAGCAGCUAACCACAGUAUUCCGUUUCGGAGGGAGGUAACCCUUGGACAGACUGUGAUCACAAAGAACCGGAAUGGGCUCUACUACAGAUGUAAAGUGAUUGGCAUGACAACACAGACUUUCUAUGAAGUAAACUUUGAUGAUGGUUCCUACAGUGACAACGUUUACCCAGAAAGCAUUACUAGCAGAGAUUGCAUCCAAAUGGGACCCCCUCUAGAGGGUGAGUUGGUUCAACUGCAGUGGACAGAUGGAAUCAUCUAUAAAGCCAAGUUUAUUGCAGCCCAGAUCAGUCAGAUUUAUCAGGUGGAGUUUGAAGAUGGUUCCCAACUGAUGGUAAAGCGUGGUGAUAUUUAUACCUUGGAGGAAGAGCUUCCUAAGCGAGUGAAGUCUCGCCUGUCCCUCAGCACUGGGGCCCCUCAGGAAGACGUAUUUUCGGGAGAUGAAGUGAAAGCAGCCAAGCGCCCCCGGGUGGGGAAUUCAAGGAAUCCUGAAGAUUACGGACAAAACCCAGAUUACUUGGCCUUUAUGGAGAGCCUGUUGCAGACGCAGUACCAGCCUGGAACUCAGAGCAACAUGUUUUAACCAGGACUCAUUAAAUACGACAUUAACCCUUUUCAACCCUGCGGAAAAAUAACCAGGAAACUGUGGAAUAGAAGGCCAGCCUUGUGCAAUAGCCUGCUGUGAAUUCCUUUCAUCUACUCUUGGUUUGAACUGCGAGAAAAUCCUGUCUGGCUACAUGCUACCUCUACUUUGCCAGACUUGUUGCUGACCAAUAGAAUAGGGAGCUUGAAACCCCUCCAGACAGCAUUUCACAUGGAGACUUUGGAAGAGUUUGUACUGAUGGAGCUCUGUGACUGGCUCCUUUUUAUAAGGCUUGGAAAGGGUUAAAAUUUGACAAAAUGACUUUUUAAACCAUGUCAAACUCUUUUGUCUUUAAAGGUGCUAUUUCAUUGACUACUGAAGCAGCCUUUGGAAUUGUGAUUUCUGUACAUAUAAGUCACCUUUGUGAAGUUUUCUAUGAAUGAGCAUUAUUAAAAAAAAUGCAAACAAAAAAUAGGAAAAUGAAAGUUUCCACAAACAUUUUUCUAGAUUAUGGCUUUAAACCAGAAAAUAAAUAAAAUCCUCCCUGCCACCCCCAAAUGAAAUGUGACUAAUACUACGACGGGGAGAGCAAGAGCAGGUGUCCUGGGAAGUCUUUUUUGUAAAGAAACACUAUCUUCUUUGUAAUCUGGGGAAGAUGGGGAAAGAAAUAUUUCAUAGCUGGGAUGUUUCUUACAGGUAGUUCUGUUUAAAGACAUGUGAUAGAUGCGCGCAUUUCUGCCAUGUCACCAGGAAGGGACUUAGGGAAGAAACGGCCAGGUUUUGGUCCUUCUUGUCUUCUUCCUUCCCCAUCUUUGCCAUCACAGUUGCUUUCUAGUUAAAAAUCAGCAUGGCUUUCAGUUAAAAUAUGCCACUCCGUUUUGGCAAGUGUUCUGUUGCUGCUUUUUGUGUUAGCUGCUUCACGAGCCGUUCCCCUUCCCCACUGCAGACUAGAGCAUAAAGGGAUCGGUCGCACGCUCUGGUAGGCAUGUCUCCCAUAGGAACCUUUCUCUUUUCUUUGUCUCCUUUUUUCUGAGUUGUGCUCCUUAUGGUUGUGAGAAUCAUUCCAUGACAGAAGCCUGGGAGGUGUUUGUAUUUUUUUUUUCUUUUAUCCUAUUAAAGAAGAAAUUCCCCAAACAUCUUUGUUGUGACAUCCUUUACUUGAGUAAAGACUGAGCCUUUGAGAUACUUCUGGGGAAGAGGAAUGCAAGCCCUUCAUUUGAUUGGACUCAGUUCACUGAGGACUGAACGACUAUUAAAGGCAAAAGUAAAUCCUGAAGUAUUGAGUGGGCAGCUCCCACUCGAACGCUUGAAAAUCACCUCCAGUUGAAGAGCUGUUAUGGAACAGUGUUUUGUAAAAGAGCCUGACCCAAAACCCUGCUGAAGUCACUGGAAAGUCUUCCACUUUCUUUGGAGGAUUUUUAUCAAUUCAGAGGGAAAGAAAAAGUGCAGCCCUAGUGCAGAGUUGUGAAGGGGGACGUUUGGGUGAAGGGGGAACAAGGGCACGUCAUACCGCUCGCCUAAAUGUCCUGGCCUGCCAGCAGCCACUGUGAGAUAGCAGAGCUAUGCCGAAUGCAGCACAGCAGUCUUUUCCACUUAAUUCCCUGAAAUUACUGGACAGCAAAGAACUGUAUUCUUUUUUUUUUCCUCCCUUUUUUUUUCCUUUUUUUUCUUAAGCCCCUUUGCAAGGUGGUCAUUGUUCUGUGGAGAGGUUUUUCAGCAACGAUAUCGUUGGAUCUUUAAGGGAAUAAGUGGGAAGGAUUUGUGGGCUAGCAGAUGGUAGAUUAGCAUCUUAAGAGGCUCGGUGGAUAUUAAACUGUCCGAGUGAAAGAGUGGAAACAGAGUAAAGCAAUUUUUGGUUUUAGUUUCUGUUCUCCCUUGAGAGAAUUGGAGUUCCCUUUAUUUCUUACCUGCCUCUGCUACGGGUUACUUUCUUUGGGCGUGCGUGUCUGUGUGCGUGUGCACGCGUGCGUGUUUCUAAGUUUGAAACAGGGUUUUUCUUAUUUCUGAGUUUUGACAUUUUGAAUAGGUGUCUCCAAAAAUAAAAGCAAACUGAGAGACUAAUAGAAGUUUUUAACAAUUGGCAAGGUUCUUAAAGGCCUCAGGUGAUGUGUCAUUUGGUGAGAAGAAUUAGUACCUAGGUGAAGCCCUUUCUCUCGUUUGCGGCUGUACCUCUGUAGCAGUUACUCCUACACAGCUUGUCUCCGGUCGCUUAAGACAUAAUUGAGCAGAAAACUUGCUUGUAUAAAAGAAGAAGAAAGGAUGUUUUAUCAGUUGCUAGGCCACAGAGAAAUAUUUAAAACAGUUGAAAGAGAAUUUAAACAGCAGAGGAUUUUUUU